UCCAUAGGAUCGGGCACCUCCGGCUUCACCUUAACCUCCGCCAUUGCACGGCGGUCUACGGCGCGGAGAGAUGACGUCAGAGAUGCGCGACGCCAGGAGCGGACGGGGCCGGUUGCCGCGCAACGGCCAAUGGGCGGUGGGAGCGGCGGCGCGCGGCGUCCCUGGAAACGGAGCGGGAUCGGCGGGAUCGAGAGGGAUCGAGCGGGAUCCAGAGGGAUCCAGAGGAUCCCUGCUGGGAAAAAUGACAGCUGGCUCUGUCUCAGCCCCUCAGAUCAUCCCACUUCGAAUCCCACCUCCAGGGAAAGCUCAACGGGAAAUAGACACAAAUACUCUCAUAGAAAUAAAAUCAGAUACACCUGAGGCCUCUAUUUAUUACACUUUAGAUGGAAGUAAACCAGAACUCACUAGGAAACCUGGCUAUGGGCCAUAUAACACUUUGGAGUAUAAGGGUCCUAUCAUAUUACCAGAGGGGAGAAUAAUGGUCAAGGCCCUGGCAGUUACAAAGGACUACAGGGAGAGUUCAGUUGUGACAAAGGUGUUUGUGGUAGAGUACCAGCAACCAAACUUCCUUUUCCCUGUUGAAGAUGAUGACAAGAAUUUCCUAAAAGAUAUGGUCACACAGAAUAAGGAAGGUGGAACAUUUACUACAAAACCUAAGAAGAACAGACUGAAUGUGGAAAUCAAGCCUGCCUGGGAUGAAACAUGCCAAGACCUUCAAGACAGAAAGCCUUCUCACAGAUCCCCUCAAGGACCUCCCAGUGGUUUGGGAGCCACAGUGCACAGAGAGGAAUCCACCUCAGCACAACCAAUGGAGUCAUUGCAGUUUGCAAGUUCCUCUGCAGUGACUAGCCACAAAAGCUUAGCAAGCACACACGUGUCAAGGAUCCAGAGUGAAACAGAUUUCCUUAAAUGUGCACAUUGUUCUGCCCCUCGCCUGUCUGAGCCCUUGGCUCACUUCUGCCAGAAAUGUGGAUCCCCUGUCCCCCCUCUGCCAUUCCAGUGCUUCUCAGUCCCUGAAGGAACACAGAUGGCACCGUGCCUUGAAUGCAGACAUCUUGUGCCAAUGAAUACACCCACUUGCAUUAUCUGUGAGGCACCAAUAGCUCCACAGCUGCAACCCCAAAACAACAUCUGCAUAAAGGGCAAAGUCAUUUGUCAGGUGUGUGGCACAGGAAAUCCUCUUCACCAUAAACACUGUGCAACUUGUGAGAGCAAACUGCCUGAAGUACAGAUGCCCAUGUUUGGAGGAGACUCGUGCCCAGCUCUGCAGGGCCAGCCAGGGAAGACGGCUCGGUGCUCCAAGUGUGGCGGCGUGAACCAGAGCGACGCCCGCUUCUGUGCCUGGUGUGGGGCCAAGCCUGGACCUCCUCCAUCCUACUUUACUUGUUCCAAGUGUGGUACCAGCAAUCAGCCCUAUGCUCGCUUCUGUGUGUCCUGUGGUGUCUACAUAGAGCCCCCAUCCAGACAGAGCUCUCCUGGCACUCCCAUGGACCGUGGGGACCCCCUGGCAUCCUCCCAGGCAAAACUAUUACAGGCUCAAGUUGCCUGGCAAACUUGUCCUGUUUCCUUGCCCAAAUCAAGGGCAGAACUAACAGAAAGAGAAGAUAAAGGAACCCAAACCAUUGGACUUUUUUACCCAUCCAGCAAACUCUUGGAAAAGAAGGAGCUUGAGCUGAUUUCACAAAAAGAAAAGAUGGAAAAGAUGAGUGAUCAUAAGCCUGUCCUGACAGCCAUUAGUCCUGGAAAAGGUUACUGGAGAAAACAGCUGGAUCAUGUUUGUGCUCAUCUACGAAGCUAUGCCCAGAACAACCUUGAAUUCAGAACACUGAUUGGAGAACCUCAAAUGGGAAAGAUCAAUUAUGCCACCAUCUCUGAAGAUGACUAUGAAGUCACUAUUACGUUAAAUUUUGCUGCUGUUAACAAGGAUAUUCAUCCUAACAGAGCAGUGAAGUUCAACAAUGAUUACCUGAGUGCUGGAACAGAACUCACAGAUGGACAGGAUGGCAGUCAGACUAAUUUCGGCAGAGAUGAUCGUAAUCUUUUCUAUUCAAAAAGCAAAAUAAAGAGAACCAAGUCAAAAACACUCAUGGGACAGGAAUAUAGGCUCUCUCCAGAGUCCAGACAGCUGCUGGAUGAGCUGGGUCAAACUGGGAAAGGAAGAAUCACCUUCAUAAAACAAUUGCUCAGUGAUGGAGCUGACCCCAACUCCCUGAGCCAGGAGGAGCGCCCUGCCCUCACAGUUGCUGUCCUGAACAAGCACACAGGAGCCAUCUCCCCUCUGGUGCAGAAAGGGGCUGACAUUGACCAGCAGUCAGGGCCGCACAACAACACAGCUCUCCAUGAGGCAGUUCUGCUGGGACUGGAGGGAGAGGAGAGCAUCCGAGCCCUGUUAGGCUGCAAUGCAAGUGUGCAAAAGAAGAAUGCAGCAGGGCACUCGGCGCUGGAUUUGGCUGUUGCAGCUGGAGAUAAUAAGGUUAUUUCACUGUUCCAAGUAAGUGUGGAUAGAAAGCACUGAACAAACUUAUGUGACACAGGAACAUUGUUCUCAUCAAUGUGUUAUUACAACAAACUUUUUCCCCAAAUAAAGCUGAA